UCUUCUCUAUAAAUUCAUGCAUGCCCGAGAGCAAAGAUAUAGCCAUUUGCGACAAGAACUCAGUAACCCUUCUAAGUUUCAAAGCUUCUUUUUCACGUUAGUCCACCACCAUGUCAAGCACCUGCGGCAACUGCGACUGCGCUGACAAGAGCCAGUGCGUGAAGAAGGGCAGCAGCUACACUGCUGACAUAGUUGAGACUGAGAAGAGCUUCGUCUCCACUAUUGUUAUGGAGGUUCCUGCCGCCGAGAACGACGGCAAGUGCAAGUGCGCUGCUGGCUGCACCUGCACUACUUGCACUUGUGGUCACUAAACUUAUAAAAGCAAAACAUAUAGGGUCGUGUGAGUGUGAGGCUGCAGGGGAGUUGCUAAUAAUGUGAUUGUGCUAAAUAAUCCUUGUCUCUGUUGUAAAGCAUGUGGGAAUGGGGUGAAAUACUCAUUUCCUUGCACAGUCGUGUAAUGGCCAUAUCACCGUAUGGCCUUUGUGUGGCUCAGUUAAUGAAUUAUUAUUAGUAUAAA